AAACAUGUCUCCUCCCUGCUGGCGCACAAAAAGGAGGUGACUUCCAUCAGCUUCUUCCCUUCCCUGCAAGCAAACAUCUCCUCUUCUAUCUUCUGAGAACCUGGCAAGUGGUAACGAUGUUCUCUGGGCUGCCGUUGACAUCUUCGAGAAGCUUCUUCUUCCAUUAACAACUUGCUGGUCUCCCUCAGCUGACAAAAAUGAGAGAAGCUGUGCUCCUCUUCAGCACCGCGAACAGCGCCUCUGCCUGACGCGCAACGCCUUCCUUCCUUCCUACCUUCCUUCCUUCCUUCCUCGCCCCCUCCUUUCCUUCCUCCAUUCAUUCAGCCGUGCAGGACCAUUCCGGAGGAUGUGUGCCGGCUCAGCGCUGCUUCGCCAGCCCGCUGGAAGCUGAGGAAGCUCGGACAGGCUCUAAUCUCCAAAAGCCCAGAAGAGGAGACCAACCAUCGCACGGAUGCUUUCAAUGGCCUCUGUCAGAAUAAAAAGAGCGGUGCUGUGAGAUCCGGUGCUCAGCCUCACUGUGCUUUUCUUCAGAGGCGGCAACAUUCAAAGCAGCAACGGCCAAAACACACAGGACCUUUUCUCUGCCCAGGGAUAUGUCAUUGGGGAAAUCCACGGUGUUGGGGGUGCGCCCUGUGCCCCGACCCCUGUGGCUGUCCCGCCUCAUCCUACUGGUUGUGUGCAUGAGUCUAUUUGCCCAGGCUCCCCUGGGUUUGCCUGUGGUCGGCUAUAACACUGACUCCAACAAGGAAAUCACACUUGAAGGAGAUUUAAUGAUCGGCGGCCUCUUCCCGGUGCACCAAAAGGGCGAGGCCGCUGAGGACUGUGGGAAGAUCAACGCUCAACGAGGAAUCCAGCGACUGGAGGCCAUGCUGCUCGCUCUCGACCAAAUCAACAAGGACGAGCGCAUCUUACCCGGGAUUCGUUUAGGAGCUUACAUACUGGACACAUGCUCUAAGGACACUUACGCACUAGAACAGUCUCUUGAGUUCGUCAGGGCUUCGCUCACCAAAGUUGACGACAGUGAGUACACCUGCCCUGAUGGCUCAUAUGCUAUCCAUGACGAUGUCCCCUUGGCCAUCUCUGGAGUUAUUGGAGGAUCUUACAGUGAUGUUUCCAUUCAGGUGGCCAACUUGCUGCGACUCUUUCAGAUCCCUCAGAUCAGCUAUGCCUCCACCAGUGCCAAACUCAGUGACAAGACUCGAUAUGACUACUUUGCCCGCACAGUGCCCCCCGAUUUUUUUCAGGCCAAGGCCAUGGCUGAAAUCUUACGUUACUUUAACUGGACGUACGUAUCAACAGUGGCAUCAGAAGGGGACUACGGUGAGACUGGAAUUGACGCCUUUCAGCAGGAGGCUCGGGCCCGCCAAAUCUGCAUUGCCACUUCGGCCAAGGUGAGCCGUUCCAUGAGCCGAUGGAGCUAUGAGAACGUGAUUCGUUCCCUGCAGCAGAAGUCCAAUGCCAGGGUUGUGAUCCUGUUUACACGCAGCGAGGAUGCUCGUGAGCUUCUGGUUGCGGCCAACCGCAUGAACGUCUCCUUCAUUUGGGUGGCCAGUGACGGCUGGGGGGCACAAGAGAGUGUGGUGAGAGGCAGUGAAGUUGUUGCUGAUGGCGCUUUCACCAUUGAACUGGCUUCCUAUCAGAUCCCCCAGUUUAACGAAUACUUCACUGCUCUCCAUCCGUACAACAACACCAGGAAUCCUUGGUUUAGAGAGUUUUGGGAGAACCAGUUUCAAUGCAGCCUCCAUGAUUUAAGUUGUGGGAAGCACUCUCUGCGAGAGGCUCCAUUUCAACCCGAAUCCAAGAUCAUGUUUGUGGUAAAUGCCGUUUAUGCCAUGGCCACCGCAUUACACAACAUGAGGCAGGCCUUGUGCCAAAACUCUACCAAGGUCUGCGACGCUCUUAAACCUGGCAACGGCAGGAAGUUUUAUCGGGACUACAUUCUCAAGACCAAGUUUGAAGCACCAUUUCGUCCCCCAGAGACGGAUAACUUUGUUAGUUUUGACACCUUUGGAGAUAGCUUCGGCCGCUACAACAUUUUCCACUAUCACAAGGAGGGUGGACGCUACAUUUAUCGCAAAGUUGGUUACUGGGCUCAGAGCUUGACCCUGAACACGAGCCUGAUCCCAUGGUAUGGACAGGGUGCGCCCACCUCCCAGUGUAGUGACCCCUGCAGGAAGAACGAGGUGAAGAGUAUGCAGCCAGGGGACGUGUGCUGCUGGAUCUGCAUCCCUUGCCAGUCCUACCAGUACUUGCAGGAUGAGUUCACAUGUGCCGACUGCAGCUUUGGACAGUGGCCUCUGGCUAAUCUAACAGGUUGUUAUGACCUACCUGAGGAGUACAUCCGUUGGGAAGACGCCUGGGCAAUUGGACCUGUCACCAUUUCCUGUCUCGGGAUGAUGUCCACUCUCUUUGUCAUCGGCCUGUUCUUCAAACACAACGAGACCCCCGUGGUAAAAGCCAGUGGACGUGAGCUCUCGUAUAUCCUUCUGUUGGGGGUGCUGAUGUGCUAUACGAUGACUUUCAUCUACAUCGCCAAACCUUCCACGGCAGUCUGUACGCUGCGCCGCCUGGGCUUAGGAACUUCCUUUGCUGUAUGCUACUCAGCCCUCUUGACCAAGACAAAUCGCAUUGCUCGGAUCUUCAGUGGGGUUAAGGGCGGGGCCCAGCGACCUCGAUUUAUCAGCCCAGCCUCCCAGGUUGCCAUCUGUGGAGGUCUGAUCUCCUGCCAGCUGAUCGUGGUGGUGGUCUGGCUGCUCGUGGAAGCUCCAGGAGUUAGAAAGGAAGUAAGCCCGGAGAAGAGAGAUGUGGUCACCCUCAAGUGUAACAGCAAGGACUCGAGCAUGCUUUUGUCUCUUACCUACAACUGCAUCCUCAUCAUUCUCUGCACGGUUUACGCCUUCAAGACCCGCAAGUGCCCCGAAAACUUUAAUGAAGCCAAGUUCAUUGGGUUUACCAUGUACACGACCUGCAUCAUCUGGCUGGCUUUUCAGCCCAUUUUCUAUGUCACUGCCAGUGACUACAGGGUGCAGACCACCACCAUGUGUAUCUCAGUCAGUCUGAGCGGGUCAGUCGUCCUGGGCUGUCUGUUUGCUCCUAAGGUCCACAUCGUCCUGUUCCAGCCACAGAAGAACGUCAGCACUCUCAGGGUGGCCACCACCCGCUUCAGCGUUACCACCGGCCCGGGCUCCAGUUUCUCUCAAGCAUCAGCCUCCAAUAUUGUUCCAACAGUGUGUAACGGGCGAGAGGUGGUCGACUCCACGACGUCUUCCUUGUGAAGAUCAGCCAAGCAUUGUUAACACAAUUACAAUAUAUAACCACUAUAGUCCUCAAUCAGGUUUCUCAAAUAUUACAGAGGAUGGUUGUCCUGACUUUGUUGUCCUCAGAGUGCUGUGAGUACAAUGUCCAACUUAUUUUAUUAUGUUCAAUUCAAAGAGAUUUUCAAAGCUAGACACCAAUAAAAGUAUUGCCCUCGUUUCUAUUGCAACAAAUGGAGUAAAUUAUAGUGAAUCUGUUAAAUGUAAUAUAUACAGUACAGGAUGUUUUUAAUGUAGAUUUUGGUGAAAAGUUUGCGCUUUCUUGUAAUUUAUGUAAAUAAAAUGUGUUUUUUAUCAAUAUCAAAUUGGCUUGUUGUGUCUUUUUGU